UGAAGCACUGCACCAGACUCAGCCAUGUCCAGCCCAGGGCUCCUGCUCCUGCUCUUGCUGCUGUCAGCGUCACCACCGCUGCGACCCUCCUCGCUGGCACCGCCGGAAACCCCAGAAGGCAAAGCCACCAUCACAGGCCUCAUCCUCUCCCCGCUGGAGAGAACCAUUUCCUUCCUGGAGAAGAGGCUGCCUGAAAUCAACCGGGAUGGCGUGGUGGGGUUCCGGGUGCUGGAAGUGCAGCUAAAAGGUGUUCAGGAAAAAUGGGCUCAGGACCCCCAGCUGCAGCCGCUGAGCCUGAGUGUGGGGAAGCUGGUGGAAAAACUAGCACCUCUCCUUCACAGAUCCAUUUUCUACCUCGAGCUGAGUGACCCUAAGUACCUAAGAGAGUUCCAAUCAACCAUCCAGCCUGGGUUUUGGAAGCUUCCCCGUGCCUGGACCUGCACAGAUGCCUCCAUGGUCUACCCCACGUUUGAGACUCAGGACUCCUUCUCAGAGGAAAGCAGUGACUCGUGUCUGGUGCAGCUGCUGGGAACAGGGACCGACAGUGGCCAGCCCUGCAGGCUCUCAGACUUCUGCAGGACCCUCAUGACCAAGUCCGGCUGCUCAGGCUAUUGCCUGUCUCACCAGCUGCUCUUUUUCCUCUCAGCCAGAUUGAAGGGAUGCACGGAGGGGCUGUUCCGCCACAGCCAGCACUACAUGAACCUCUUUUGUGCCAACAUGAUGGACCUGAACCAGAGAGCUGAGGCUAUCGGAUAUGCGUACCCAACCCGGGACAUCUUCAUGGAGAACAUCAUGUUCUGUGGAAUCAGUGGCUUCUCAGACUUCUACAAGCUCUGGUGGCUGGAGGCCAUUCUCAACUGGCAGAAGCCAGAGGAAGGAUGCUUUGGGAGGCCUGCUGCUGAAGAUGAAGAAUUAUUGACAGCCAUUCAACACCAACAGCACAUUUUAAGAAGAGUGAAGAGGCGAGAAAAACAAUUUACAGAUGGCUGCUCCUCCCACAACACAGCCAUGGCUGUCGCAGCCCUGGGUGGCUUCCUCUACGUCCUGGCAGAAUACCCCCAGCAAAUGGAGAGCUGUGGCAGUCCGCACUGGCACGACCCAGCGGCCACUGAGACAAAUGGUUCCACUCCUGCCCCUUCCUCCCUUAGUCCCUUAGUCCUUCCUCCCUUAAAUCCUGGGUGCCUGGGUCAUACCUUGACCAGGAGGAAGCUGAAGACGCAGACUAGCCAAGCAACCCAGCUUCUCCGCACGGAGCAGGGCCAAGGAAGGUGAGGCUGGGAUGGAUCCAGGCGUAGAAGCAGAGAAAUAAAUUCAGAGUGCCGUCGAGUGGGGAGUCGAGUGUUGUUUCUCAGCCGUGUGGACAGCUUUUGUUUCAACACAAAUUCCAAGGAGACCCAUAAACUUGAGCCUUAAAGGCAA